AUGCGCUAACAACAACAACUACCUAGGUUGUCAGAAGAUGAGUAAUUUCCAGGUCGUUUGCAUACCUAAUCUCGAAAAUUGAAGUUUGGAACUACUGAUAACUUCAAUAAGAGGUCCAAGGGACAGAGUCCAAUGGCUGAGUCUUAAUUCAUUAAAUAAAUUGACACCAAAUUAGAGCUAUACAAUAAGGACAUCGAACAACGCAAUGACAUGAUUUUUACCAUAGAAAAAGGGUUCGAAUCUGUCAGGCAAGAAUUGAUUAAAGAGAAAUUAUUAAAUGAAGAAAAAACUAAACAAUUAUAAGACCUGGGAUCACAAUAUCAGGCAGCUCAAUCCAAACUCAAGUCAAUCCAUGAAUUCAAUAAAAAUACAGGACAAUAAGGAACUGAUAAAGAUAGAGACAAAAUCCACUAAUUGGAAACCGUUUAAAAAGUUAUUCUAACAAAAGAACAUCAACUGAAUUAAACGAUAGAUUCGCUCAAUACCUAAUUGAAUGAUAUUACUCACAAAAUUAAAACCAAAGAAGAAAUGCCAGAUGAUUCUAAAAAAUUGAAAGACUCAAUUAGGAAGAUCGAAGAGAAAAAGUACAAAUCAUAAGCUAUAAUGGAUGAACUAAAAAAGAAUUUAGAAUCCAUUUAAGCUGAGAAGUUAUUAAUCAAAAGUCAAAUGGAUCAAUACAAAAAAGAAUACCUUGCUAAAGAGGAAUGUUUGUCAUCUGAAUUCCAUAAUAUUUAGAAUAAAAUUAAGGAAUUGUAAAAGGAGAAAAAUCAAUUACAAGAAUAAGUUAAGAAGUAGCCUGUAAAUUCUUAGGAUUAGAAUAAUAAAUUACAGGAGGCUAUCAAUUAAUUUAAAUAACAAUUGACUGAACAAAACAAAUUAAAAGAUAAAGAGAUAAAUCAAUGGAAAGCAAAUCAUGAUAUCUCCAUCAAAAAUAUUGAUCAAUUGACUCAAUAAAUCGAAGAUUAUAAAUUAAAAAUUGAAUCAUCCUCUAAGAAUUUAAAUGAAAAAACAAAUUCUGUAGAUUAAAUGAAUAAAUCCAUAGCAGAACAAGAAAAAACACUUAAAAAUCAAUAAGCUGAAAUCAAAUUGUUAAAUUAAAAAAUAGAUGAAUGCAAUAAGAAAUUAGGUGAUUCAAAACCCAAAAACAUGUCGCAAGUCAUUGAGACUAUUACAAUUUUGGAAAAAACUCAUAAAGAAAUUUAAAAAGGCCUUGCUUGUACGUUUUGCAAUAAAUUCAUAAAAUAACCAGUUACUAUUAUACCUUGUGGUCAUUCCUACUGUUUUGAAUGCAAAAAAGGAUAUUAAAAGGAAUGUUCCAAAUGCGGACCAAAAUUGAAAAUUGAAGCAAUGUAUAGAAACGAAUUGUUGGAUGAUAUUAUUGAAAUGGUGAAAUUAGUUGAGUAAAGCAUUUUGAACAUGAAAUAAAUUACUUAAAAUUAAUGA